AUGAAGAGAGCAGUGGCAGCACUACUGAACCCAACUACUGCAUGGGUGACAAGUAACAAACGCAAGGCCAGCAUAAAUUACUCAGAGCCACCCAGAAAAAGGCAGAGGUGUGCCAGCGAACCCCCUGAGGUGACAGUGGAGACUGCGACAACCAGAGAGACCAAUGAAAAGGCCCCAACAGCAGAACAAAGCCCCGGAAAAAAGCAGAGGGGUCACGAAAACAACUCCGGCAUCAGUGAACCCGCUGAGGUGCCAGUGGAGGAUGUGACAGCUAAAGGGACCAAGAGAAAAGCCAGCACCCAAAGGGGUCCCCCCCCCCCGAAGAGGUGGAGAACUGGAACCUACGACACCAACACUGGUGAACCUACCAAGGUGUCCAUCUCCGUCAGGACCAGCAGAGUGAUUUCAACCAUCAAGCUCAUCUUUUGUUUAAAAGUAUUAAAACAUGAAUCUGUGUUUGUGUUUGAAGAACAAUUUGAGGCCAAGUACCUGCAGCUUCUCAAGCUCGGAGAAGGCGGCCAAGGAACGGUUUAUGCUGGAGAAAGAAAAACUGACAACUUACCAGUGGCGAUCAAACACAUCCCUAGAGCUGAUGAGAAGACUCGACCAGUGGUGAGUUAUAAAUGGCCAUUGGAGGUGCUUCUCAUGCUGAGAGUGGCAGGUGGAGCGGGGUCACUGGGGAAACAUGCUGCCGUGUCAUUAUUAGACUGGUAUGAUCUGGGCCCAGAGGUCCUGCUUGUCAUGGAGAGACCAGUCCCCUGUGAGGACCUGCUGACCUACCUCAAUAACAAUUUGUUCCUGAGGGAAGACCAGGCAAAGAACAUCAUGAAGCAGCUGGUGGAAGCAGCAAAUAAGAUGCACUCUCUUGGAGUCUUCCAUCGGGACAUUAAAGCAGAAAAUGUCCUCGUUGAUUUAAGCUCGGAUGUCCCUCGUGUGAGAAUCAUAGACUUUGGAAGUGCCUGCUUGGUGACGGAAAUACCGAAAGGCUCCUUCUCUGGAACCCCUGCCUACAUCCCUCCAGAGUUUUACCGGCUUGGCACAUACGAGGCGGGCCCCAGCACAGUCUGGCAGCUGGGCACUCUGCUCUAUGAACUGGUGGACAGCUGUUUCACCACAAGAAAAUUCCUUCCUUCCUUCCAUUUUCCAAAGAACUGCAGCUUAAACUCUGCUUUCUUCUCAGACUGCCAGGACUUGUUGGAGGUGUGUUUGGCUGUGAACCCUCAGGAGCGCGGCACUCUGGAGCAGAUUCUGCUGCACCCCUGGUUCUCCUAAUCCUGCACAACCGACCACUGAUUGGGCUGAGCCAACUGACUCCAAUGAACUCCAUCCUUUGGUUUUAUAGUCUAGACGGAAUUGUCCAAAAAGUGAAAGUGAGGAGCAUUUAUGGGUACAAGUCGGGAACCAUCCUACUUUACAUAUUUCAUAUCAUAUUCAUAUUGACCUUCUAAUUUGCAUAUCAAAAUGGCCACCAAAUUGCCCAUCUUGCUCAGUCGUUGGACCAUUUUCCCCUAGUUUUUUUGUAAUUAGGCAAUCAAGAUGAGGAAUUUAAGUAUUAUGUAUAUAUAUAUAUAUAUAUCAAAAUACCAACUUUUAAGGUGAAAUUAAGCAUUAUUUGUGUCAUUUUUUAAGGCUGCCAUAAAUAUUCAAUCAAUAUCACUUUUAAAUGUUCCUAUUGUAUAUAUGAUAUAUGAUGUAUUCCAUAAUAUUCCCUUGAACAGUUCUACAGAUCACAUCUUGCUUGAGGACCACAACUCCACAUUUAAACAAGGACAUUGGUCAUCACCCUGACAUGCACACAUUGCAGUGCAUAACAGCCCUGAUUUUCGGCAUUUGCACUGGUGUGUUGUGCAUUGUUUUUUACAGGCACACAGGAUCAUUUCCAGGCAACUUUCAGGUAUUGGAUUCUGUGACAUAAGAAUGGGCUGUAGUCCUGAAUCGCCAUGUUUCCAUCCCAUUUCUAAGGGUGAAGGAAGCUCAGGUUUGGCAUAGUGAGCAUUUCUCCAAACCAUU